AGGAGGGUGGUGGAGAGAAUCUAAACAGACCCAUAUCCUGAACUUCACCAAAAAAAUUCCAUAAAAAGAUAUAAAUGAGAGAAGAUAGACCCAGGUGUCGACAAAUCUCUUGUCCCUUCUCUUGUAAUUUUGUGCUUCUCUCUCCUCCAUCUUCCUUUCUUGUAAGACUGGCCCAGCAGAUCCAAAUCUCCGAUUUUUCUUUUCAGUUUUCUACGCUCCAUGACGAUCUAAGCCGUCUUUCAUGGCGUUUCCACAACACCCAUUUCCUUGUUUCAGCUCUCUGAGGCUCUGUGCUCUGUUUUCUGGCUCAUGGGUUUUUCUAGAUUCUUCUUCUUUUCUUUUGGGUACUGUGGAACAUCAAGUUAUGAGUUGUUCAAAUGAGUGAAUUUGUAGUGGGUUUUUGAAGCUAGGUUCUGGGUGUGAUGUGAGGUCAAUGUCGGGAAUUGUAAUGGAUACACAGUGUACAAGCUUCCUCCCUGGAUGUUACUCCACUAGAGAUCUUAAAGUGGGUGCUAAUAGUGGUACAUGGCCCCCGUUUAAUAAUGAUAGAACCCCGAAGAGUGAGCACACUUACAGUAUUUUAUUGCCACCACCUGCUACAAACCAAUAUUCAGGGUGUGACAAGAAAAUGAUGAGGCAGACAAUGCUCAUGCAGGAAGCCACAUUUAGGGAUCAGGUCCAAGAACUCCACCGCCUUUAUAGAAGACAAAGGAAAUUGAUGGAUCAACUUGCAGGGAGAGAAAUAUCUGAACAUCAAUUGCAUUUACAGACUUUUCAGUCAAAUCCUUUAAUGUCUCAAAAUUCAUUUGAGUAUCCCGAUAAGACAUGGCAAAUUCCAAGUAUGCCCUGGAUAAAUCCUGCUGGCAGUAGACCAUCCGUUUCAAAUGCUGAAAACUUGAAAGCAUCAUCAAAUUUAUUGAACAGAGCAGGUCUUGGGCCUGCACAAACUGAGAAAAGUUUGAAAGACUGCAACUUGUUGGAAUAUAAAUGCAAGAACACUAAAAGAAGAAUAUUGGAUCUUGAACUUCCAGCUGAUGAGUACAUCAAUAGUGAAGAACGGGAGGGUUUCAGAGAAGAAAAGGUUUCUGUAUUUCCUGAGGGGUCAUUUAACCCUCCAAAGGGAAUGUUAGAGGUCUUUCCGAAGAGUGAUUUAAAACUGUUUCCUUGCGAAGGUCAGUUCAACUCUGUUUACCAAGGAGGUUCUUCCACUCAUGCUUUUUCUAGGGGAACCGAUGAUUCAUCUGGUGUGAAUGGACCCAUUUGGCUCAAGGAUGCAGCAACUCCAAGUUCUGUUAAUUUUCUAGGCUCUGACACCUACCACAGGAAGAUCCCGUGCUGGGAUCUGGAUCCAUCUGCAAAGUUAACCUCAGGCUUCCAAAUUCUUUCGAAGGAAGUUGCCCACAAUAUUGAGACAGGAAGGAAUACUGAAGUUUCAAAGGUUAUUAAUCUAGACAUUGACAGGCAAUGGCAGCUGCUACCUCACAAUGAGGAAGCUGGGCAAAGCAGAAUGAACAUGAAUUCUCUCCCUCAAAUUUCCACCCCUGGAAAAUUACCCAUGCCAUCUAAAUCAUUACAAGCUGAACUUCGAACUGAAAUUGGAAUGGUCAAUCAAUUGAAUAAGUGUGAUGGAAAUUUGUGGAGUGGAAGAACAAAUUUUAGCUUAGAAACCUGUAUAAGGAAUGAUGUCAUCAACGACAAUUAUCCGGGACUGGUUGAUUCUUUCACAUCCAGCACAUGUCAACUUGUUUCUCAGUCUAGUGUGGCCAAAUAUGAGCCAGCUUCAUUAUCCCCUCAGAGAAAGCCAAUACAUAGCUUUAGGCAGAACCCUAUAGCAGUUCAAGCGCUUCCUUGCUUUAAUGUCCCCAUGCAAUUGAAUAAGAGUUCUAAAUCAUCUUUGGGGUGUUCUGGGCUUAAAGGAAACAACUUUCAUGUGAGCAGAAACUCAAGAUGUAGUAGCCCAAGUGGGGGGAGUGUUAGCCAUCUUGGGAACAGCUUUAAUCACCUGAACUGCAGUAGUGCAAAUGGUUCUGCUUCUAAACUCAAUAACCUUACAAAGUAUGCUCGGGAUUCAGAUUGUAAGGAUGAAAAUUCUGCAAAGGGUGUGGACUUGAAUUUAAUGCCUCCUAGCUGUUUGUUAGAAAUUCCAGGUUCUCAACCAAAAUUUGGUACUGCAACUGGUGUAAAGAAGUUUGAGGAAUUGGUUGGGGAUUUGCCUUGGCUUAGAGAAAAACCAGAUUACAAUGUGAAAACCAGUAAGGAAAUUGAAGAUUUCACCCGGAUAGAUUCAGUUGAGCCAAAAAGUUUUCAGACAACUGACUGCUUGAGUAAUGAAAAGAGUUUUGGAUCUUCCAACUUUGAUAAGCCUCAUGUUUGCCAGUUUUCUGCUCUUACUUCUCCGUACAGGUCUCAUCCUAGUCCAUCUGAAGACAAGGACAUUGGGAAAAGUGAAAAUUUUGGGGAACUCGAUAUUAACUUGCUUCACAAUCCUGCAUCCAACUCAGGAGAACGGUGCACUGUGGAUGAUCUGGUAGAGGUUCCAGCUGAUAAAAUGACUUUGGGGGUUGGAAAUCACAUCGACUUGAACUCCUGCAUAAAUGAAGAUGAUUUGUCAGCAAAGCAUACUGUUCCUACGGUUGUGAUGAAAGCAUUAGAAGAAAUAGAUUUGGAAGCACCCGUGAGUCCAGAAAACAAGGAAUCUUCCCCACCUAGAGGAAAAUUGGAGAAAAACCAACUUGAAACACACCUCCAGCUCUUAAAACAGGAUCAUGAGGACCCACAGGAGGAACUUAUUAGGAUGGCAGCAGAGGUUAUAGUUGAGUUUUCAUCAUUUGGGUUACAGAAAUCCUUGGAAGACGCUGCUUGUGAGCCUUUGGUAGCUUGUCCCGGUGAUUCCCUCCAGUGGUUUGCCGGGGUAGUCUCUUCUGCAGCUGGUAAUGUAGAGAAUGAGAUGGGAGUAGUUUUGAGUGGUGAUCACAAGGAGCUUUCAUCCGGGAGUGAUUCCUUUGAGCGCAUGACGAUGAAGCUGACAGAGACAGAAGUGGAAGAGAAUUGUUGUGGGAAGAAUGGGCAAAAAGAGGAGGAAACUGGUGAAAUUUUAUCACCAAGUCAGCCAAAGAGGGGCCGGUCAAGGAAGGGGAGGCUGCACCAGGACUUUCAAACAGACGUUCUACCAUCUCUCGCCUCUUUAUCGAGGCAUGAGGUGAAGAAGGAUCUUCAAACAAUUGGAGGGCUGAUGGAAGCUGCGGCUACUCUUCUGGUGACUGGUUCAGGAAGAAGAAAUGGAGGAAGAAAUGGGUGCACAAAAGCAAGGAGGCGGUCAAGUGUUUCCCCUUCCAAUGUGAUAGGGAGCACAUCGCCCUCACUUUUGAAGCAACAAAGCAAUGACUGCACUGUUCUCACAUUUGGGGCAAGAAGUCUAACAGGAUGGGGGAAGAAAAAUAGACGGCAGCGGGGUCAGAGAUUUCCAGCUAGGAAUCCUGCCGUCAUAUUUUGCUGAGCUGAGUGCUAAGGGAGAGAUUUUGGUUUCACUUAGGAAGAAGGUAAGAAGGGGGUUCUGCAGGUUUGAGUUUAUUAAGAAGGUAAGAAAGGGGGCUUCUACACUUUUGAGUUUAUUAAUGGACAAUUUGAUUGUACAUGUCUUCAUAGCCCAAAAAUAUUUUGGGGCUGUCUGAUUAUAUUGUAUAAGCAUGCAUGGGUGCAUGUGUAGUUAAGAAAAGGAAAAGUAGGCAAACCCAGUGCAUGAGUAAUUACCAUAUAUCUUAAACUGUGAGAGCGAAGUUAUUUACCAAUGGAGGAUCUGUUAUAUAUAUAUAUAUAUAUAUAUACUCGCUUACACGCACUAUUAUUGAGUUAUUAGAACUAUUUGAGGAAAGCAGAGUUAAAAUUGGUGAAGCACAGCGAGGGCUACUUGACCUUCUGUAGUUGUAUAGAUUUCUAUAUAGUAUCUGUUUGGCUGUGACCAAUUGUGCAUUA